CAUCUAGGACGUCAUGGCGGCUGGGCAUUGGAUGCUUGAUGAUGAUGAAUGAGUCGUGCGGCUAGGUGCACGUAGCGGCGCAUGACAGAGUCGACAACGAUAUGGAGUCUUUUGCUGGCUGCUUGUCAUCGCUGCCUUGCCUUACGUGGUCAUAUCGCGUCGCCGCCUGGCCAGUCACGUCGCGCCAUCGCCGUCCAGUCCCCGCCCCGCCCCGCCCAGGCAGACCAGGCGGGCACGAGCGCGCGCGCGCAUUCCGGUCAGGUUGCAUGGGGCGUAGCCGAGCAGGCCCAGCAAUUGGAAGCGUGGCUUUGGCCGCUCCGAAACUCUAUGCCGCCCAUCCUUUCUCUUCUGAGAAGGUUAACUCAACUUCGUCCGCUCUUUUUCUCAAAUGCCGAAUACUGCUGCGUGUUGCGGCUGCUGCGACUGCUGCUGCACCUGCCUGCUCCUCGCCGUCCGCGAGUCGUGCUCGUCCGCCUUCCCUGCUCCUCUACCCCCUCCACUCCCUCUCCUCCACAUCCCUCCCUCUCCCCUCUCUUCUUCCUCGUCGUCUCCCUUGCUGCUUCCUACUUGCUGCCAUCCGCUCGAACAUGCCCUCGCUCCCCGCCGCACGUGAACCCUCCGUCCGACAUUCGUUAACACCCACCUCCGCCAUUGCUCCACGGGCGGGCCUUCGAGUUGCGGCGCUCUGACUAUUUGCCAUCUCAUUGAGCAAGUGAAUGUACCACGCUUCCUCCUUUCCCCGGCACACAUGGUCUGGCUCCGCCAUACCCACUUCU